AUCAACAGAAAACUAGCAAAGAAACGAGAUUCUCGACUCGUCUGUGCUUAAAAAUUAAACAUUUUUGCGUUUUGUUACCUCAACAUACGACAUAUUAGUGCAUGGUCAGUCAUGACUUCAAGCCAUUCAUUGGACUCCAGCUUUCUGGGAGGCAGAAUACCUCCAGAAAUCGAGUCAAUGUCGAAAAACCUAAAGGAUGUGGACCAAGAGAUGUUCAGAAAAAUACUGAAAGCUGUGGUCAGCGCCCUGGAGGGGAAGGACUGCAGGGAGGUGAUGAAGUCGAUAGCAGAGAGCAGCACCAUCCCUCAGGAGAGGCUCAGUCACAUCAUAGCUGGGAUGUACAGAGUGCUGUCUGAGGCCAUCCGCAUCCCCACAGCAUCACUCAAACAGGAGGCCUUCAGAGAUGAUCUUCGAGAACUGAGAAUACCUGAAGACUUCAUCACAGAUUUCUCCAGUGUGGUUUUUGGUAAUCGGCGUGCAGCUCUAGAUGCAGCGACGUCCCAGAACGACCCACACCUCCCCACAUUAGAAGACUUUAAAUGGAGAGUGGAUGUCGCCAUUUCUACAAGCUCUUUAGCCCGGGCCCUGCAGCCUUCUGUUCUCAUGCAGAUGAAACUAUCAGAUGGGACCUUUCACCGCUUUGAGGUGCCUGUGUCCAAAUUCAAUGAGCUCCGUUACAACGUGGCUCUGAUUCUCAAAGAGAUGAACGAUCUGGAGAAGAGGAACAUUCUCAAAAUCCAAGAUUGAUGCACCGUGCUGGCCUGUUAUUCAUGAGUUUUGCAUAGAAUAUCGCUCAUUUUAAUCAUUUCAAAUGUGAUGUUGUGAAAGAUAAGAAUACUCUGCCUGUCAUCAUGUAAUGAUGUGACGGUGUUGGCAUCCAACAUGCUUAACUGCUGACAGAGUGCAAAAUGAUCAGAACAGUUAGCCAGCUGGCUGCACCACAGGAGAACCUGAUGACCACACUGAAGACAGAGAGACAAGAACGCCCAGUCUGUACCAGGAAUCUAUUAGUCUACAUCACUCUUCUCCUUGCCUAGCUGUAAACUGAACAUAUAAGCAGUGUUCAAUUCAGUGGUGAGAUAUGAGACAGCUGCAGUAUCCAUUGUGCCUAAAUACAAAUUCAGUCAAGUGAGCACUCAGACACUCUGUUACUGAGUAGCCACUUUAACUGGUCUCAUGUGAUCUGGUCUGACGAUGGGCACAUCACAGAACAAACUACUAGAUUUAUUUUCUACUUGUGCUUUUAUACAUGUAAUUCAAUCUGACAGAACAAAUGUAUCCUUCAGAUUGUAGCACUGCUGUAUAAAAUGUUAGUUUUCUGUUGUUUUGGAUGUUUGCCAUAGUAACAUACAAAAAUGUUUACCUCUUGAACCUCUUUUCUCUAAUAAAAUCUGUCCAUUACUGUAUUUGUAAAAAA